UGAAAAUGACAUAAUUUCAUGAAAAUAUUAGGUACCUACCUAGAGAAACUAAAAUUAUACAAUACAUGCCAGAAAAGGAGAAAAAAAUACACAAAGUACAAUCUACGUUGAUAUAUAAUGAUAUUUAAUCAGGUAAAGAGAAUUUUAAACAAUCGUUACGUUAUUUAUCAAUUUUUACGCAAUGUACAUAAUGAAGCACCGGCAAAAGUUUUAUAUCCAUUAAAAAGUCGAGCAUUGCUAAAGAUAUCGGGUCAGGAAUCGUCAUCUUUUCUUCAGGGGCUAAUAACUAACGACAUGAAACAUUUUGAAGAAGGUGCUAAAUCUAUGUACGCAAUGUUUUUAAACAACAAGGGUAGGGUUAUGUACGAUACUCUUAUACAUAAAUGGGAUAAUGAGGAAACAUUCUUAAUAGAAUGUGAUAAAAAAUUAGUCAAUUUAUUACAAAAACACCUGAAAAUAUUUAAAUUAAAACGCAAAAUCGAAAUUGAAGAUGUUGAUAAAAGUCUUAUUAUGUGGGCUUUAAUUCUCCCUGAUUCAGACAAGAUCCCUGAUUCUACAUCUAAUGUAAAUAUUUAUAAGGACCCUAGACUUGCCGAUUUAGGUUUCCGUAUCAUCUCUUCUGUUGCAACAACAGACUCACAGAUAUUAGAAAUGUUUGGAAAGAAUAUUGUGGCCAAAGAUACAGAAGAAGGCUAUAAAUAUUUAAGGUAUAAGCUAGGUGUAAGUGAAGGAGCUGAAGAAUUGCCACCUGGAGCUUGCUUUCCUUUGGAGGUAAAUUGUGACUACCUUCAUGGUGUGAGUUUCCACAAAGGUUGUUAUAUUGGUCAGGAAGUAACGGCUAGAGUUCAUCACACAGGUGUUGUUCGCAAAAGAAUAAUGCCUAUAAAAUUCAAUCAAAGUAUACAUGAAAACAUUGAAAAGGAUUCUGUAAUCUCAGCUAGUGAUAAACCAAAAAGUAAUUUGGGAAAAUUGAAAGGUGUGAUGGAUGACUAUGGAAUAGGAUUAAUAAGAAUCAAAGAAGCACUUGAUGCUAAAGUUCUUAUGGUUAGCAAAUAUUCAGCUGAAGUUCUAAAGCCCUCGUGGUGGCCAAUAGAAGCUCCUAAGGAAAUUAUAAAGAGUGAAUAGCCUUCUUUAAUAAUUUAUGGACAAAUAAAAUAUUAUAAACAAAAAUGUCAUGAAAAUCUGAAAUGUGUAGUAAGAUGGAUAACUCAAAGCCAAAAGAUGAAUGUGCACAAGUAACCUACAAUUUUAAGUGUUCUCAGUGUGAUCUUAAUGAAGAAGCUCACUAUAAGGGUGUAAGUCCACCUUUUUCACGCAAGAUUGAACUAAAAUACCCAAGCUAUGUGAUGAAAGAUCCAUUUAGCCCUCCAGGGAAAGGAGAAAUUUUAAUUCUAGGGGCUGAUUGUGCCAUUUGUGAUAAAACUGUCUGCAUAAGUAAACAAUGUAGCAUUUUCUAUUUAAAAACAUAUUGCCUAGAAUGUGUAAAAAAUUGCCUUGAUAAAUUUCCAAUAGAAGUUAGUAAUAAAAUAAAAAAGAAUUAAUUUUA